GCGGCUUGUGUGCGCUUGGAAUCUAAUUUAAAAGUAGUGCCUCUUAGCAGGUGGCGCAAUGUCUGACCGUUGGCUCUUUUUAUUUCUUCCGUCUGCCACUUUCAUUCCUACCCUGCAAAGACAAUGACUGAACAAUCUAGUCGAGUUGCUAUUGUAACGGGCGGAACCUCUGGCAUUGGAGCCAACAUCGUCAGGGACCUGCAUUCUCGCGGAUGGAAGGUUGCCUGUGUCGGCCGCAGAGAACAAGCAGGAAACGAUGUCGUGCAGGCCCUGGGCGAGGGCGCACUAUUUUUCAAAGCCGACGUCAGCGACUAUCGGAACCAAGCGGCCGUCUUCGAAAAGGUCUUUCGACUCUGGGGGAGGAUAGAUGCACUGUGUGCCAAUGCUGGCGUUGGCGACCAGUCGUCACUUUAUCUCCUCAACCGACGCGGUAGAAGGGUCGAAGAUGUUCCUCCCGAGCCGGACCUCUCCUGCACUGAUAUAAAUUACAAAGGGGUCAUAUAUGGCACUGUAUUGGCGACGCACUUUAUGCGGUAUAACAAGCCCGAGGCAGGCGGAAAGAUCGUGGUUACCGGUAGUAUCGGGGGUGUCUUCCCUCAUAGCACGUACCCCGAAUAUAGUGGGACCAAGGCAGCAGUCAACCAAUUUAUUCGGGGCGCUGCGCCUUUGCUAAAGGUCAAGGAUAACAUUCACAUCAACUGCGUUUUGCCGGGUAUUGUUGCCACACCGAUUGUCCCCCCUGAGAUGAUUGAGGCCGUGGCUCCUGAAUGUCGGACUCCAAUGAAAACGGUCCUGGAGGCGGUUCAUAUUUUCCUGCAAGAUAAAACCGGCAUGGCUGGUGAGCUUCUGGAAUGCUCCGCAGAUAGAUUGAUUUACUAUGACCUUCCAGAGAUGGGCAAUGGGCACAUCACCAAGCGGGCUGUCACCGUCUGGGAACCGCUGUUUAAACUGGCACAUGGUGAAAUCUCUGAUCUCCCAGAUGCUAUUCCAGAUAUCUGCCCAAGCCCAUUCGACAUUUCUCCUUCUGGCAUCCAACGAGAAGCCAAGCUUUAAUAUCGCAGCACACAAGUGACAAGAUUCGCCAUCUAUGACAGAUGCAAUGUGGAAAGUUGACGUAUAUAUAUAUUGUGUGCAAAUUACGCUCUUAACACCAUUUAGCGUCGUUAGCUUCCAACAGGUUCUCACAAGGACAUACCCUCAAGGGAUUCAAGCUCAAUAUAACAAGUUUCUGGUCACA